AUGAGCGAAUUCACCUACGUCGCCGGUAACUGCCUUGUGCCGCUCAGCGGUGGCAAGAUCAACCUAACGGUCCGUCAUAUCAGAAACCUGCCGCAUUAUCAUGCUAUGCAGCCCCUCAGCGCCGCCGACGAAAGGACUCACACGGCUGCAGACCGAGACCACAUGUGGAUCUCAGCCGUCUACAAAGUGCCCACGAAGAAGGUCCCAGCAAUGAUGCACAGGAUCCGAGGCCUGCCAUACUUCAAGACGCAAACGUAUCCCGGCAAUGACGAGGCCGAGGAUAAAAGCCACGUCGAUGCUAAGCACGAGCUCAACGAAGACGGAUCCGAAGAUGGAGACAGCCCCGGCGUGGCAGCUCAAAGCUCCGCUCAAGAUGACGAAGACUCGGACAACGAGAACGACGCUUCGUCUGUUCGUCCUGUGGUGAAGAAUGGCAGCGAAAAUGACAACGAGGGCAGCAAGAGGGAGGAGGAGGAAAGCGAGGUUGACGAGGAAGAAACAUCGUAUGACCAUGGGAAUGCAGACGGUGGAGACGAUGUAGACGAUGCGACGACACCGCAGGACAAGCAGCAGAAAGCCGAGGCCGAUCGUAACGACGAGAUCAUACUGGCAGAAACUCAGAGCAUGGCUGAGACGGUCGGAGAACUCCAGCAGCUCCUUGCAGCGCCGCCCGAGGCUGGGAGCACGGAUGGGUCGCCUCGCUCAGAAAAAAGGCCCAGAAUCUCUCAAGACGCCGAACGCAUGACGAUGGUAGCCCAUGCCGCGCCUCCACAGACUGGUGUGCCCGCAACGAUGCACAAAAUCAUCGGUCCCUGGCGCAUGUUCAAGGGACGCGGCGACAGCUCCAAUCCCGUCCUGCAGGCGCCCUCGCAAGCUGCGCUUUGCCCUCUUCCAUUCAUCACAGCGCAAAGAGAUCGCACUACACGACGCCUCUUCAUCAACAUCUAUGGCAUGGUAGACUGGGUCGGAGACCUCACCGUGUCCAGGCAGCGUCCUCGCUCGAAGGAGCGCUACUGGCGGGUCAGAAUCGUGGACCCCAGAGGCAGUGAUAAGGCCUUUUCGGUCUUUGUGUUUCCCGCUGCGGACACGUACCUCGAGAUCGGGACCCCUCUGCCGGGACUAAAGGCCGGCGAUCUGCUCCUGGUACUUGACGCCUAUGUUCCAAACAACUGCAAAUUUGCGAGCGCCAAGGAAGUGUCCGCCAUCUUCGUGGCUGAGGAUGCUGCCGAAGCUACCGUGCAGCCGGUCGAUUAG